AUGCCUUUAGACAACACCAUAUCAGCACCGCUAAGACGAGUCUCCUUCAAAGAUAAUGAUGAAGUUCUAGAAAUUCCGUGUCGCAGAGAUUCCACAGAAGACGAGAGACAUGCAAUAUCGUUUUCUUCAGAUGAUCUGAAAGGCAUGAGAAACCGAGAAAAACGACUAAGUGAAAAGUUGACUAUGCGCGGUAGAAUCAACAAUCUAGAAGACGAUAUGAUUGGGAUUUUCUCUUUUGAAGACAAUUCACAACGCUGCAAACGAAUAGUUGAUGGUAGAUUGAGUGUCUUGGCAGCGCAAGAAAACCAAUACGGUAGUGGGGGUAUCAGAGACCACGACUGUAUUGCUAAAAAGUAUUCCAGAGCAGUGAAUGAGAGCAAGCUGCUCGCUCGCCACAGAGGAUUCUACAAUGCAAUCCAGGUAGAGGAGGAAUUCAAGGAAGAUGAAACGAGUCCCAUGUCUUCUUGUCCGUGCAUCAUUCAGGAUCCAAAUCCUUGUAGAUGGGAUAUGCAAAUUGCAGAUUCGGACGUUGGUGCGAUCUUUGAAGUUGCUCGAAAACCUCGUACUAUGCAAGCUCCGAUCACCAGAAUGAUUGUAAUACCAAUCGAAGACAUGCUGACUUUAUCAUCAUGA